CAUAAUGUCUUUCACAGACGCGUGUGGUUGGACGCGUAAUGAGAACACGUAGCAGCACCUGCUAACCCCAGCUAACGUCAGCGAGACGUUAAUCGGAGCCUCACAACCGGUAGUUACCGUUCACGUUGGCGACGCUGUGCGGAAAAGUCGCAAUGACUUAAAACGGUCUUCUGAGUUUUCCAGCGGUGUUGUUGAUCAACGGGUUUAUUUGGGUUUUUUUUUACAAGCCCAGCCGACGAUAUUUGGCCGCCAGCCGUCUUAACUCCGAGCUUUGACUAGACGGAUAUAAGCUGACGUUAGGGAAACGCCGGAGCUGAUGUUGGCGGCCGUGUAAACACCAACCGCCCACGGUAGUCGAGUCGAGUCGCGGUACCGUCGGAAAUGGCCGGCGAGUCCGCCAGGGUUCCACUCCGUGAAGCCAGCCGAGACGGCGGACCGGAACAAGUGUCCGGCCGGCCUUGUCGGCACCAGUCGGAGCCCGAACCGGACUUGGGGCCGACCCCGAAGAGCUUCGCACGGUUGUGCAGCAAAGACGCGGCGGAACGAGCGGCGGCUUUGGAGGAACUGACCCAGACUGUCCUGGCUUGUUUAGCGCGGGACCGGCGCGGUUCCGCGCGGCUGGGAAAACAAACGCUUCUGCCUUUGCUGCGGCUGACCCGCUCAUGUCCACUGCCCGACGUGCGAGACAGGGCGGCCGAGUUGCUGCGGGCCGCACAGGACCGAGGAGUUGAGGUUCCCCGGGCUCAUGCCUUAGGUCCAAGUGCCUUCAUAAAUGCUAAAGAGAUGCUGAAGGAGGGGCCUGAUCAGGAAGUCAUGAUGGAAGCUUUUCUUUCAUUGGGCCGUCUGGACCAUAUCACGAUGGUAAUGGCGCUACACCCUGCCUACCUAAGUUGCUUUUUGCGUACCCAGCAUGCUUUGCUGGAGCUGGAUGGCCCUCUGCCUCGCCCCUGGAGACACUAUAUUGUCGUCAUGGCAGCUGCGCGCCACCAGUGCUCCUACCUGGUGCAGCACCACAGCGCGGGCUUCCUGGAGGCCGGAGGGGAGGAGAGCUGGCUGGGCGGCCUGGAGCACUUGCCUGCCAAGCUUCGCAGCCUGCAUACGCUCAAUAAGCUGCUAGCGCACAGACCCUGGCUUAUCACACAGCAGCACAUCCAGGAGUUGGUGUGUCCUGGAGCAGAGUGCCGUUGGUCACUGGCUGAGCUGAUUCAUGCAGUGGUCCUCAUGGCACAUGCUCACUCGCUGGCUUCUUUUGUGUGGGGGUGUGGCUUGAGUCCUGAGCCUGAUCACAUAGGAGGCUAUGCCUUUCACCCUCCUUCACCCAGUCACCUGCCCUGCAGCCCUCACAGCCCUGCCCAUGAGGAUGGAAGAGCAGAGUUAGUGGAUGGAGGGAUGGAGGUGGAGGUGUUGAUGAAGAGGAUGAUGGAGUUACAGCAGCAGGAAGAGUGCACUCAGGAAGAGAUGCUCACUCGUUUUGAGAGGGAGAGGAGUGAGAGCAUACCAACAGCGGUGGUGCGGGGAGCCCCACCUGACCUGGUGAUGCAUCUAGUGGAGGAUCCAGACUUCAGUUAUGAGGACUUUGCUCCCAGGGGAGAGCAGUCGCCACCUACCAUGAGAGCACAGGACUACUCCUGGGAGGACCACGGCUACUCUUUAGUCAACAGACUGCUACCAGACAUGGGACAAUUGUUGGACGAAAAGUUUCAGAUCGUGUGCAGCUUGACAUAUCACAGAAUGGCCAUGCAUGAAGGUGUGGACACCCACACAUUGAGGAAAGCUCUGUGGAAUUAUAUCCACUGCCUCUACGGGAUACGCUAUGAUGAUUACGACUAUGGAGGCGUGAACGUGUUGCUGGAGCGCUCCCUGAAGGUGUUUGUUAAAACGGUGGCCUGCCAUCCCGAGCAGACCACUGCACGCAUCUACCACAGCUUCUGGAGACACUUCAGGCACUCCGAGAAGGUUCAUGCUAACCUUAUCGUGACGGAGGCCAGACUACAGGCUGCGCUCCUCUACACUUUACGGGCCAUCACAUACUACAUGAGAUAACCCAAACAGAUGCAUUCAUACACUGUGACUGAGCCAGUUUUGCACCAUAGCGUAGUACAUAAUACAGCAUGCAUAUACAAACGCAGAUAUGCCCGCGUGCACACACACUACCCUGAAUGUCUUGUUGAGUUUAAUGUUGAUGUUAAUCAAUGUUGUGUAUUGUUGCUGCUUUGUAAAUCUGUGAUUUAAAAUAUUUAAAAGAAUACUUCUUUCACUUUGCACUGAACAUAUUCAAGUUUACCUUCCCCCAAAAUCAAACUAGUUGGAGUUGCACACCCUAUGCACAAUGCAAAAACCACAAAUGGGCAUAUCUGGGGUAUUUAAACAGGUAUGCAAAUAGAAAUUGUGUUGGCCUAAAACAUUUAUGUUUCAAAAUAACCCGUCUAAGUAUUUCAGUGUUUCCACUCAGAAUUGUUUUGUUGUUAGAUAUCAUUUGAGUUGAAAUACCCCGCGUAGGCUUUUGUCGCAUAUCUGUAGUCUUACCACGGUGUAACUAUUCAGUAUGCCUCUACAAUGCUGUGAAAUAGCAUUUGCCCCCUUGCUGGUUACCUCUAUUAUUGCAUAUUUGUCGUACUGAAUGGCUUUAGCUCUUGAGGCAAAACGUAAUAUUACACAAAGGGAACGUGAGUAAACACAACACACAUUUUUAAAAAUAAUUUCAUCUAUUUGAUGAAAAAAGUUAUCAAACACCCAUAUCGCCCAUGUGAAAAAGUAAUUGCUCCCUUAAAAUGUUAACUGGUUGCACCACCUUUAAGCAAUAAAGGUCCUCAAAUAACCUCAAAUAAUGGGGGGUAGGGUGGGGGUGGGGUUGAUAAACCUUUUUUCCAUUAAAUGGAUGAAUCAUUUAAAAAAUGUGUCUCUUGCUCAUGUUCCCUUUGUCUAAUUAUAUUUUGUCUUGAGCUCUGAAAUCAUUCAGUGUGACAAAUACCCAAUAAUGGAGGUAAUUAGGAAGCGGGGCAAAGAAUUUUUCAAAGCGUUCUAUCUUUUCUCAUCAAUCAGGACAUGAGGUCAGGGAUCAGGAAAGUAAAAUGACUUGUAUUUUUGUAUUCAAUAAAAGUUUAUUUG